GUUAGUUACUAUGUUAGCUGAAAGCAUUGAAGGAAAUAAAUUUGUUAAAUUCAAUGAAGAAUAAGUUCUUGAUAAUUAAGAUUAGUCGACAACAACUUAGUUUAAAUAAAGCAGCAAUGCUCUUUCUACAACAUCUGCUUUCACUGAAAACAAUUGUAAGAGCAAACCGAUUAAAACAUAAAGUAUUUUUAAAUAAUAUUAAAAAAGGAAGUCUCUUGACUUUAACUCCUUAAAUCAGUUAAAGAAAGGGUUCUCAAUCUUUGGCAGACUAAACUAUCAGAAAUGAAGAUGAUGUAGAUAUAUUUUACAAAUAUAAUAGCAAUUUGUUUAAAACCAUUAUGAAAAAAAAUAUCUCUAUAUGAUAUAUUGGUAUGACUCUAAUAUUGAUCAUAAAUAUGAGAUUCCUAUUAAAACUUCUAAUAUUUAAAUCACAAUUGGUGAUCUUAUAUAACUUGCAAUAACUUAAUUUAAUUUAUAAAAUGAAUAUCUACAGACUCCAUUUUCAUCAGAAGUAAAUAAUUAAUAUUUGUAUGAAUUAUACAUUCCAAAAAAGAAAAAAGGAACUCCUAAUGAAGAUUUUCCAUGUAAUUAUUUAUCUAAUUUUAGCCUUUGCCAAUUCAACCUUGUUAUCUCUAACAAAUCAAAAAGAGUUUUCUCUUAAAGUUACUUUAAAAUAAUCGAAAUAUUCAACUAGUCUUUCCAAUUCAAAACAUUCAUCAGCUAUAAAACAAAUUGAGAAAUAAGGAUAAGGUUCAAAAAAUUCAAGCACAAAGAAGAAAAACUUAUUUCAAAAAUUAUUCUUUUGUUGUAAUUAGGCAGAAGAUUAUUGAAAAGUUACCCAGCACCUGUUUAAU